UGGGGAGUGAGGAAGCCCCGACCAGAAAGUGCGUUCCUGGAAAGGUGAAAUGAACCUUUGGAAGCCCGUUGGGGAAAGAAUCCAUGACCAAAGAACCAAGAUUGCUGCCUGAUUGUUGGCCCCUGGCCCGCUAACGUGCAGAAAUGGGCCAGACCUCAGUCUCCACGCUGUCUGAGCAACGUUCGAGUGUUGAUGGACUGGAUAAGGCUUCCAUUGCGAACUCAGAUGGACCUACUACAGGUUCUCAGACACCUCCUUUCAAGAGAAAGGGUAAACUCUCUUCUAUAGGCAAGAUCUUUAAACCUUGGAAAUGGAGAAAAAAGAAGACCAGUGACAAAUUUAGAGAGACCUCAGCAGUGUUAGAAAGGAAGAUAUCCACAAGACAAAGUAGAGAGGAGCUGAUAAGAAGGGGAGUGCUUAAGGAAUUGCCUGAUCAAGAUGGAGAUGUAACUGUAAACUUUGAAAAUUCAAACGGGCACAUGAUACCCAUCGGAGAGGAGGCCACCCAAGAGGAAAAUAUAGUAAAGUCUGAAGAAGGUAAUGGCUCUUUGUCUGAAAAAGCAACAUCUGUGGAAGAAAAAGCAGAAGAUAAGAAAGAGAACCCCGAAAACCACUCUGAAACACCGGCACACCCAGUUCCAGCUCCUCCUAAGCCCAAGCCUAAACCUAAACCUAAAAAACCAGCUGCACCUCCAAAGGGGGCUGCUGCUUUACAGGCAAGCCACAAGGGUGAUGAAGCGCCACCCAGUAAAAAAACCACCAAGGCUCCUGGUAAGCAGCCCCCCAUCCCUCCUCCCAAGCCAACAAGCCGAGGGGUAAAUCGAGAGGUCGCCAGUUCCUCUCACUUGAAAAAAACAGCUGUGUCCAAGUCAUCGUCUUCCCCCUCAACUUCAACCAUUUCAUCUCGUUCCAAAGCUUCCAAGGAGCCAAUUUCCAGCAAAACGGCUGCCGCGGGGACUUCACGGGGCAAGAAGAAAGCAGGGAAACAGUCAACCUCCCGGCCAUCUUCCGAGAAAGCUGUUUCUGCCACAUCCAACCUCAAGGGAGAACCUUUAGAAACCAGAGUAGAAAAUCUGAAGCCUGACACAUCUCUCCCCACUUCAGAAGAGCAGAAUACAGACAUACAGAAUAAGUCAGUAGUCCCUCCUCCACCGGUAGCACCACCUCCCCCUCCACCAGCUCCUCCUCUUCCUCUGGAAAACCAAUGCAUUAAUGCCUCUGAUAUCCCGGCGGUCACCGUUAACGAUGGGGCCAGCCUCUCUGUCUCUGCCUUAGACUCGAGUCAUCUUAAGCCAGAAGAGGUGACAGACUCUCUUUCCUCAGAUACCAGCUUGGCUGUUAACAGAGAAAACACAAAAUGUUUGACAACCAAAGAAGAGCUGAUGAAGGAUGCGCCACGGCUAAUGAUUCCUGUUUUGUUGGGAGAGUCUUCUGAAUCUCUCAGCAGCACAGAGAUUGAGGUUCAAAGAGAGAGCCAAGCUAAUGAUUCUGAUUCAGAUGGACCUAUUCUGUACACUGAUGAUGAUGAUGACGACGAUGAUGAAGAUGAUAAUAGUGAAAGCGCUUUGGCAAGUAAAAUACGUCGCCGGGAUACUCUUGCCAUCAAACUUGGCAACAGACCGUCUAAGAAAGAAUUGGAAGACAAAAAUAUCUUGCAGAGAACCUCUGAAGAGGAGAGACAGGAAAUUCGACAACAGAUAGGAACAAAGCUUGUCAGGCGAUUAAGCCAGAGGCCAACAAGUGAAGAACUAGAGCAAAGAAAUAUCCUAAAACAAAAAAAUGAAGAAGAAGAGCAAGAAGCGAAAAUGGAACUGAAACGCAGACUCAGCAGAAAGCUCAGUUUGAGACCAACAGUGGCUGAGCUACAAGCGAGAAGGAUUCUCCGGUUUAAUGAGUAUGUCGAGGUCACUGAUUCUCCUGACUAUGACCGCCGGGCAGACAAACCCUGGGCCAGACUAACACCUGCAGAUAAGGCAGCAAUAAGGAAAGAGUUAAAUGAAUUUAAAAGUACAGAAAUGGAAGUCCAUGAAGAGAGUCGACAGUUUACAAGGUUUCAUCGCCCCUAAUGAAAUGCAAGAUUAUUGUGAAUCAUUUACUGAUAACCUUUGGGGAAAACAUUGUUUCCUGAAGACCUGAGAUUGCACUGGAAUUUGAAUGUGUGUGUGUAUUGCAGCUUAACCUGUGAUUAAAAGAAUGGCCCUUUGUUUUAUUGGAGAAGAACUCCUCCCUUUUAUUGGAGAGCUCUGAUAUAAGGAAAAAGGGAAAGAUAUAGUGGUCCUUUUUGUCCAGCAGGUGUUGAUGGUAAGAGAUACUCUGCUUCAGCCACGACCAACUUACAUGGUUAAACAGACUUAGUCAUUAGAAUUUUGACCAAGGAAGAUGGCAGAAGACAAUCGUGAGCUUCCUUUUUUUCAGGAAUACAAAGUUUUAUGGUAAUCAAGAAAAAUGUGGACUGGGAUUAUGAGGCACUGGGAAUCAAGGUGGAAAAUGAAAAGGAAAAAAAUAAGUACUUCAGCUUAAUAGAAGUCAGACAACUAAGGUUAAAAUGUAUUUUUUGACAUAGGAAUUUGUUUGGUAAGAAUGAUCACCCAAGAAAGGAUUUAAAAGUAUGACUGCCUAAUGAUUCCAGUCUGUGUGAGGAAGACUGUUAACAUUUCAUCAUUACUUUUAUAAAACACAGUAGUUUUAAUUUAUUUGGUGUGAGUGAACCCAGUUGCCAGGAAUGAGUCUGAGUG